GCAUGCGCAGUCGGGGUUGAACCCUGCCGGGGAGGCAAGCGAUGAUUCGGGCGCUCGCAGUACCUGACAGACAUGAGCGCGUGUCAACACUAACCACGGUGUCAGCCAAUCGCCCCCGCGGGGUACUACGACAGGCAGGGUUGGUCUGAAACGUCGCGGAAUCGACCCAAAACGCUCGGAAAAUGAUGCGCUUCAUGCUGCUGUUCAGUCGGCAGGGCAAGCUGCGGCUGCAGAAGUGGUACACGGCCACGGCGGAGCGCGACAAGAAGAAGAUGGUCAGGGAGCUGAUGCAGAUCGUGCUGGCCCGCAAGCCCAAAAUGUGCAGCUUCCUGGAGUGGAGGGACCUCAAGAUUGUGUACAAGCGCUACGCCAGCUUGUAUUUCUGCUGCGCCGUGGAGGAGCACGACAACGAGCUCAUCACGCUGGAAGUCAUCCACCGCUUUGUCGAACUCUUGGAUAAAUACUUCGGCAGCGUUUGCGAGCUGGACAUCAUUUUCAACUUCGAGAAGGCCUACUUCAUCCUGGACGAGUUCCUGAUGGGCGGAGAGAUCCAGGACACGUCCAAGAAGAGCGUCCUCAAGGCCAUCGAGCAAGCUGACAUCCUGCAGGAGGAAGACGAGUCGCCCAGAAGCGUCCUGGAGGAGAUGGGCCUGGCGUAGCGGCGGAAAGGAGAAAAGGACUGAACGCAGCUCGCGCCAUGCGCAGCGUGGGUACGAGUCUGCGUGCGACAGCACAAAUGUAUUUUUAUUUGUACGAGUGAUAUAGAAAUAUGGAUGCUGGUAAGGGGGGCAAACAUGAGUACAGACGGCAUUUUUUUUUGUUUGUUUUUUUUGGAAAAGUAUUGGGGAGGAGUUUAACGGCUAAAAACUGUACGUACGGAAAUAUCCGUUGAGAACGUGGAACCAAAGACGUCGAACAUCACACAAGUCGCGACGAUGGCCGCCAUUUUUUUGUUGUUGCGUCCAAUCAGGGGACAUGCGCGUGACAUCAAAGGGAGGCAGAUGUUUUUUGUUUUUUUUCUACGCGUCAACUCCAGUACAUGGCGGCUACUUUUGAAUGUUGAUGGGGGGGAAAAGCACACGAAAAAAGAAUAAAUCUUAAAAUGAACGGUUGAAUCGAGCACAGACAUGAAUUUUGGGCGCUUUGCUUUUGACUUUUUCUUCUUUAUAUCUGGCUGCACUCAAAUAAUAAUAAUAUUUUUUCCUGGGAUAGUUUUCCCAAGUUAUUUGUGUCGUUACACGGUAACUUAUUGUAAUGCGCUGUGACGUGCACGGAGGGUUGGAUCAAUUGUUUCUGGAUGCUGGCUCGCAGUUUUUGUUUUUGUUUGGGGUGAGGGGGGGCAGUCAGGCGCAACAGCUUUAUUUUAUGUGCGUGCCCACGCCAACGGGCAGCACAGAGGGAACUCUCGUUUUUUAUUUCAUUUAACAGCCCGCUUCGACUUCAACUCGCGUCGCUCAUGUUACGCAAAUGCCUUUUUUUUUUCGUUGUACUAAUUGUUGUUUAUUAUUAUUAUUUUUUAAGUGAACAUGCGUCGAAAAGAAACAAUCGGUUGUAUUUUUUUUUUAUUAUUUUUGUGGAGAAAACUGAAACAAGCUCCUCGGAUCUGUUUGACUUUUUCCCAGGUGCCCGAAAGCGAUUUUCUAAGUCAAAUAAAAAUAUUUGAAGCAAAUCGAA